AUGGAUGCCAGCGACAGUGAGUAUGAGCAGCCCUCACUGCCUUCAGGCAUGAGGAAGAGAAAGCGCACGGCUGGCCGUGACUCCUCGCAGGCGAGGAAAAAGCGCAAACCAGCGCUAGAUGACCUUCGCAAGCUGUUGGUGACCUACCACGGCUUGCAGCAGAUGCGACGGGGGGUGGAUGAGAAGCUCGCUGCGUGCGAGCAGCAAAUUGCCAAACACAAGUUUGGCAGCAUCUCAGGAAAGUCCCGCCGUCGUCGCGGCCGCGGCCGCCAAUAUGCCUUCAAGCGUGUGUGCUCCCCAUUGCGGGAGGUUGUCAGAAUGGAGGAAGACCCACCCACGUGCUGGGCACGUGUGAGAGACUGGGUUCGGAGCUGGUGGUAA